AUGGCCGAGGAACAGAAGAACGUCGAGGUCGCUCAGGAGACCAAGCCCGAGACCACUCCCGCUCCCGCCACCGAGACCCCCGCUGUCGAGUCCAAGCCCCCUGAGGAGACCCCCGCCGAGUCUGCUCCCGCCACCGAGGACAAGCCCGUCGAGGAGUCCAAGCCAGCUGAGACUGAGGAGUCCAAGGCUGAGGACAAGAAGGAGGAGGUCAAGCCCGUCGAGGAGGGCCAUCUGGGCCACAAGGCUCAGGGCCUCAGCUUCCCCAAGAACCUGAUUGCCAGCAAGGAGUUCUUCUUCUUCGGCACCGACGCCUUCGAGCCCAAGGCGCUCGCCCACUACCUCAAGACCGAGAAGUCGGCCGAGACUGCCCACAGCAACAUCGCCUGGGCCUCCCACACCGGUCAGGGUCUCCUCUUCAUCGGCGACAAGAAGAACCCUUCCAGCAUCAUCAGCCUGGCCGAUGCCACCGAGCCCGAGACCGAUGGCUCCCACAAGUUCCACUUCACCUCUAAGGGCAACAAGCACAGCUUCAAUGCCGCCAACACUGCUGAGCGUGACAACUGGGUCACCCAGCUGAAGCUCAAGAUCGCCGAGGCUAAGGAGCUCGCUGCCACCGUCACCGAGUCUGAGGCUUACAAGAAGACCAUUGAGAGCUUCAAGCCUGCUCCUCCCAAGAAGGAAAAGGCCGCCGAGACCCCCAAGGAGGAGGCCAAGGCUGAGGAGUCCGCCCCUGCUCCCGCCACCGAGGAGACCCCCAAGGAGGAGAAGACCGAGGGCUCCAAGCGCCGAUCCGUGAGCCUCCCCUUCGCCUUUGGCAAGCGCGAGAAGUCCCCUCCCCCCGCUGAGGGUGAGGAGAAGUCGGGUAAGAGCCCCUUCUCCAAGCUCCAUGCCACCAUCAAGGGCAAGGCCAAGGCUAAGGAGAAGCCUGCUGAGGAGACCAAGCCUGAGGAGCCCGUCAAGGAGGAGGCCAAGGAGGAGGACAAGACCGAGCCCCCCAAGGAGGAGGAGCCCGCCAAGCAGGCUGAGCCCGAGGCCGAGAACAAACCCGACAACGUGGCUUCCUCGACCCUUGCCGCCACUACCGCCACCUAG